AUGGAUAUGGGAGAUAAUACACAACGAACGGCAAAUUACACCAUAUAUAAAUUGCAAAAGGAAUUACAAAAGGCAAAUGAAAAAAUUCAGCUACAAGAGAAACAAAUUAAUGAUCUUCGAAUAGAAAAUUCAAAAUUAAGAGGUAAUAUUGGCGUUCAAGAAGACCUUCAAAGUCAGAACACAGCACUUCGUCAAAUUCAUGAACACAUGACUAAAGAACACAAAAUUGAAAUUGAAAACUUUAAGAGACAAAUAUCUCAGCUAAAGUCUAAAUUAGACUUUGCUAAUGCCAAUACUGAAGAUCAGAUUAGAGAAUAUCAAUACAGAAUAUCCAAAUUAGAGCAAGAAAUUAAAACACUGAAAGACACCUGCAAAUCUAAAAACCAAAGAAUAGAAGAUCUCAAGAAUGCUCCAAAUCGUACAAUAGAUGAUGAAGAUAUAAACAGGCUCAACGAAACGAUUCAAAUUCAAAAUUCAACAAUCGAUAGUUUAAAGGAUACAAUAGUUCAUCAGAACACACAAAUUUCGAAUUUAUCGCGCGCUGUGACUGAAACUCAAUCCCAAAUAAACAUUUCAGCAUUCAAUCAAACAAUUGAACUUAAUUCUCCGCAAAAAUCAAAUAAUACAUCAGAUAAAAAUAUAGGGGAAGAAGAAUUGGAUAAUAAUCAAACAAUGAGUGACUUCAUUCUUGCUCUUCAACUAGAUGAAUCUGAUGAAAAUCACUCUCGUCAUCAUAGGAGUCAUCAUCAUAGAUCAAGAUCCUCAAGGCAUUAA